AUGAAAGAUAUACUGCGGACUAUGGGAGCACUCCGCGUUGAUGAGUCGUCGAAGAUUAUUGUUGCUCUCUUGGAUUCUGGUGUGGAUUUCGAGCAUCCUUCUCUGGAAGGAUCUGUCGCGAUCAAUGCAGCGGAGCGUGAGGGCAAGGCUGAAGUCGAUGAUGAUAACAAUGGCUUCACCGAUGAUGUGCGCGGAUGGAAUUUCGUAAGUGAUGAUGGAAAUGUGAUGGACAAUGUUGGUCACGGGACGCACUGCGCCGGUUUGAUAGCGGCCGAUGGGAAGAGUGGCCUCAUCGGCACCGGCCUUUCCUAUGCUCGAGUGCUGCCUUUGAAAAUAUUCGAUAUCGGCAAUGGUGGAGUUGGUCGCCUUUCCGAUGCCUUGAGAGCUGUCGACUACGCUAUAAGUCGGGGAAGCAGAGUCAGCAGCAUUGGCUGGAUCGCUGAGACUUAUUCGGAGAUCUUCCGUCAAGCUGUGCUGAGAGCUCAGAAUUAUGACCAUAUGUUUGUGGCGAGCGCUGGUAAUUCUGGUAUCGACCUCGACGAUGUGGGUGGCAGCUAUCCUUGUGGAUUUGCCGCGCCCAACGUACUCUGCAUCGGAGCGCACGGACCAGAUAGGAAUCUAACACCGACUUCUAAUUUCGGCCAAGUCGUCGACGUAUCGGCACCGGGAGAAUUCGUCAUGUCGUCUUCAAUUGAUGGCGGAUCUGACACGGUGGCCGGGACGAGCGUUGCAGCAGCGCAGGUCGCGGGAGUGGCUGCGAUGCUGAUCGGAGUCCGCCGUCCUUUCCCACUAUAUUUCGACGAAGUUGCUGCGGCCAUCAUCACUUCCACACAACCCUGCGCGGGCACUGCGUUUGGCUGCGUUGACGUUGGUAGUGUUCUCGAGGCCGUGACUGGAAAGAAGAUGCUGAGCAAGGCGCUGUAUGUCGCUACUGGUCAUCCCAGGAAGGCUAUCAGUCGUAUAAGGUUGAGGCCACAUCAAUCCAAGGCUCUCGCUGUGGUCUUAUCCGGAAUGUCAGCUCCUAUCGGCUACAGGGAGUACGAUAUUCAGGGCACUAUCGGUGGUGGUCUCGUUGCUAUCUCCAUCGGUGUCCGAUCGAGUGGUCACUUGUCCACGGGCGAUGAUGGGGUGAAAUGCGAAGCCUCGAACAACGGGACGGUGGACUUCGGACGAGUUAUGGUCGGACAGGAAAGUGAAGCGGAGUUUGAUCUGCACAAUGGUGGCGAUGUGGAAGUGUUGGUGGACCCCAAUAGGCUGCUCGGAUGGGCGCCGCUACUGAGAGUCGAUCAUCCUACGUCUGCCGUACCUCUGUCCGUUGGGGAGUCCGUGAAGAUCAUCAUCGCUUAUGUGGCUCGCAAGGUUGGACACCAACGAUUCCGUAUGGACUCACUGGCGGCUGGAUGCGAUCCAAUAGAAGUAGUCGCCGACACGGUCCCGAACCCCCUGGUCGUGCACGAGGGGCCGACGGUCAUUUCCGUUCCAGCUGGCUCGAGGUGUAUCGCGACGUUGGUUAAUAUCACUAAUCCUUCGAAGCAUACCAUCCAUCGGGCAUCUCUUAGACCGCGAGGAAGGUUCUAUAUAUUUGAGGCUAUCUCGGUUGGGGACGUAGAGUUCCCUUUGACGUCCCUGGGCGGGGGAUGGAGACCUGAUAUGGAUUCCGCUGCGACUGAGGUGGACUGUGAUGCUCAGCAGCCGACGGUGGUUGAACUGAAUCGUACGGCAAUUUUCGACGGUGAGGAAGUGAAGCGUUUCGGCAUCUUCUGCAAUGGACUGGUCAUGGUGUCACCUUCCCAGUACCUUCCACGCAUCGACAGCUCAUCACGAUUCGUAGCGGCGUAUUGGGUCCCGACUGAGCGCGCUUCAUGUAUGGGCGAGAGAGGCUGCCGAGUGUCGUUCUUGGUAACUGUGGACUGUUUGAUUGUCGAGUGGAGGGACUUGCAUGUUUCUACUACUGCAGUCAAUGUGAAAGUCCAAAUGCAUCUCCACUACGAUGGUCGAUUGACACUUCUGUACCCGGAGCAGCACGAGGCUUACUCGGCUGAUGGAGCCGUUGUUGGUAUUGGCCAUUCUCAUUUCGCGGCUCUGGUCAACGUUACAGGGUCGGUGGUGCUAUUGUGGACGCCUCGGCUCCAAGCGACUCCUAUGGAAGUUUUGCCAGAGACAACCGAGUGCAUUAAUGCAACCCUCAACUUGAGGCCGUUUGGUGCCAACAGCUCCUAUGACGGGUCUUGUGGGAGCGACCUUGGAUGUAUCGAAGAGAGCUCGACUGAGGCCGUAUGGACCGACAGCAUCGACAUCAUCUCUUGGGGAGCCUCAGCCUCGCAUUAUCAUCACGUCGAGAUCUACGGCACGGAGCUGCUCUAUAGUGAUGUAGUUGAUGAAAGUGGUAUGCUAUCGAGUGAUGGAGGGAACACCGUCGUUGAAGUACUUGCAUUAGACCAGCUGGGUCGGGUUAAUACGGCUGAGGAUGGCCUUCUGAUUACGGUGAGUAUGCUGAUCGGCGUGGAGGUCUUCUAUUCCGAGAAUACACUGUUGAGGGCGGGUCGAGCCAGUGUUAAUGUCGAAGUUCCCGCGGGUAGGGCUCCGGUGUCGGUCGUUGCUGAGGCCGCGCAUGAAGUUGAAAUUCCAUUCGACGUCGUCAACUGCGGUGGCAACGAUGUGACUGGCGACAACGGUCUACGUUAUUUGCUUUGGAACCCCUCGGAUGACCGUUUGAUUUGCGCGAUACGUAACGGCUCUUCGUGGUCGACUGUGAGGAAGGCAGGAGAGCUCGGUGACGAUGUGUGGAUCUCGGUGAUGACUGCUGCUGGGCAAGGGAGAGUUGUGGUACCAUCGGAUAGGAUUCCGAGAAGGAGCGGUAUGGUUGUGCUGGGUCAGGAGUCGAAUGCUAUCGGAAGCGGCAACUGUGAGGGUUUCUGUGUGUUUGGGGGGCCUCUGAGUUUGAACAUGUGGAAGUAUAUGAAAAGGCCUGUGGAAAAGGUCAUUCGGGAGUUGUUGACUACUUCUACUGAGGACCCGAGGGAUAAGUUACCACCACCGGAAACACCGACUCGAACUGCGAUUACUCUAACCGGUGUGACGACUACCACUACUACGACAACCACUACAGCUACAUGGUGGAAUAUGUCUACAACGAGUAUAAUGAAGGUGGACAAGGAGAGGAGAGCUCAGUUGAAGUGA